AUGAGCAACGUGGUUAGAACAUUGGGUGGGCCACUAAAAACUCCAAGGUAUGCUUUCUGUAAACUAAGUCUGAAGAGAUCUUCGCUUCUGUUUGCUCUUCCUAAAAUAAAAGCGCAAUGUUUUACACCUAUGAAACGGAUUCAAGUUCGGCGCUUUUCUCAUAGCCGAUUUGUUCAAAGCAAUGAACUAAUGGAUAACUUGAAGAAAAUUCAGUCUCUCGAAAGAGAGGCUGAGGACGUGGAUGUUUGUAUCGUCGGUGCUGGACCAGCCGGUUUAGGUGCAGCAAUUCGUAUUAAGCAAGAAGCCGCCAAAGCCGGUAAAGAAAUUCGGGUUAUUGUACUGGAAAAAGCCGCCGAGCCUGGUAAUCACAGCGUUUCAGGCGCGGUUAUUCAGCCAACUGCCCUUGAUGAGCUCAUUCCGGACUGGAAGAAUGAACCUCCCCGCCAUUGUACGCCUGUUUCAUCAGAUACCAUGAAGUUUCUAAUUCCUGGUAUGCAAUUCCCUAUACCUGUUCCUCCGGUUAUAAGUAACAAAGGAAAUUACAUUAUGAGCCUAGCGGAAUUAACCAAAUGGCUAGCUACCAAAGCUGAAGAAUUAGAUGUUGAAUUGUAUCCUUCCUUCGCUGCUUCAGAGGUUUUAUAUAAUGAAGAUGGAUCUGUGCGCGGUGUAGCUACAAACGAUUUCGGUGUCGACAGCAAGGGAUUACAAAAGGAUAAUUUUGAGAGAGGAAUGGCCUUUCAUGCCCCCAUUACCCUAUUUGCUGAAGGUGCCCGUGGAUCUUUAUCCAAAUCGGUUAUUCAACGCUUUGAUCUUCAGAAGAAUAGUGAGCCUCAGACAUAUGGCUUAGGUAUAAAGGAAGUAUGGCGUGUACCCGACGAAAAUUUUAGGAAUGGUGAGGUUGCCCACACUCUUGGUUGGCCGUUACGAAAUGAUACUUAUGGUGGUGGAUUCAUGUACCAAUUCGGAGAUAACUACGUGUCUGUGGGAUUGGUUGUUGGCUUAGAUUAUCCCAAUCCAUAUGUGUCUCCAGCUGCUGAAUUUCAAAGAAUGAAGCAAAACCCCUUUUUCGCUAAAGUUCUUAAAGGUGGAACAUGUUUGGAAUACGCCGCUCGUAGCUUGAACGAGGGAGGUUACCAAUCUAUUCCCAAGUUAGUAUUUCCAGGUGGUGCCUUAAUCGGUUGCAGUGCGGGAUUUGUUAAUGUUGCCAAGAUUAAAGGAACUCACACAGCAAUGAAGUCUGGUAUGGUCGCUGCUGAUGCAAUCGUUGAGGCUUUUAAUACCGGCGAUGUUAAUAAACCGCUCACGAUUGAUGCUUACGAAGAAAAUCUUAAAAAUUCUUUUGUCUUUAAAGAACUGUAUUCCGUACGAAAUAUGCGACCAUCAUUUCACGCGUUUCCCUUCUUAGGAAACUACGGUGGCAUGGUAUAUUCGGCUUUAGAUUCAUACUUGUUUAAAGGUAAAGUGCCUUGGACGUUUAGCCAUAAAAAGGGUGAUGCUGCAGUCACUGCCAGUGCCUCUUCAUACAAACCUAUCAACUAUCCGAAACCUGACAAUGUCCUAUCAUUCGAUACUCCGACAUCUGUCGCUCGUUCAGGUACUAUGCAUGCCGAGAAUCAGCCUUGUCAUCUGUUUGAUUCUCGGCCAAAUGACCGACAAGAUGCUUACCGAAUGUACAAAGGUGUUGAAAAUCGUUUCUGUCCUGCUGGUGUCUAUGAAUACGUUGACGAUGAGACGCUUCCUACCGGAAAGCGUUUCGUUAUAAAUUCUCAAAACUGUGUUCAUUGCAAAACUUGCGACAUCAAAGAUCCCCUUCAAGGCAUCAAUUGGAAAACGCCUCAAGGCGGUGAUGGUCCAAAACAAACGCUGACAUAG